AUGCGCCACCCCCCCGCCGUGGUCCGGCGCACCCUCGAGGUGACGUUCCUGCUGCUCAACGCCUCCAAGGCGCCCGCGAGGCCGGCGCCCCCCGCCUGGGAGCGCGUGCAGAGGAUGCUGUGCGACGCUGGGUUCCUCGGCCGCAUGCUGCGCUACGACGCCGCGGCGCUCCAGGCCGCGCCCGUGCUGGCGGCGUACGUGGCCGCGGAAUACUUCGACCCGGAGCCCACGCACCGGAAAGCUCUCCCGAAGAGGAACGGUUGGGCGACGUCCAGCGCUCGCUUCUCGGGCCAGCUCGCGCAGAGGCUGGAAGACUGCGAGCCGCUGACCCUGAAGCGCGUGCAGCGGGCCAGCCUCGCCACAGCCGCCCUCUUCAAGUGGUCCGCGGUCACACUGGCCCGAGCAGCGGAGGGCGGCGGCGAGGGCGCCCCGGAGCUGGCCGAGGAGGCCGAGGAAGUCCAGGCAUCGUUGGCUGCACCGCCUGCCGAGAAGGCUGCGCCAGCCGAGCCAGAGCCCUUGCCGCAGGCCGACCUCCAG